AAACUUCCAAACUUAAUUCUCCGCCACAACAAUUCCAGAUUUUAUUUUUCCAGUUAAAUCCAAACCAUGCCAAGCCCCAGCAGUCCCUCUUCUUCGUCCUAACCUAACUCUCUCUCCCCUUUUUCCUUCCAAUAUCUCCCUGCUAAUUUUAAUGGACGGCAUCGCUCUCUCUGUGUCUCUUAUCACUUGCCCUCAUUAUACCCAUGCCUCUCCUCACUUUUCCCCGCUCUCUCCCUCUCCCUCUCCCUUUCCCGCCAUUUCCAUUCUUCUCUCCUCGCUCAACCCCACGCCCCUCCUGCAUUUGCUCGCUCUCUGCUCGAACACGAAGAACCGACACCCAUUCCGACUCUGCCAUUCUCUGGUUCAAACACGAUCUCCGCCUCGACGAUCACCCCGCGCUUUCCGCGGCCGUUCAAAUGCACCGUUCUAUUCUCCCCCUCUAUGUCUUCGAUCACCGCAUUCUUUCUCGUUAUUCUGAUGAACUGCUGGAACUAGUUCUCUUCGCUUUGGAAGAUUUGAGAAACUCUUUGAAGGGAAAAGGCUCCAACUUGAUGAUCCGAUUCGGGAGUGCUGAAAAUGUCAUUGCAGAGCUUGUAAAAGAGCUGCAAGCUACGGAUGUGUUUAUUGAAGAGGAGGUAGAGUAUGAAAUGCGUAAGAUGAUUGGAGUUGUCAAGGAUACAUUGGAAACGUCUUCGUCUUCAGAUGGGAAUCCCGAUAUUGUCAUGUGGAGGACUCCAUUCUAUCAUGUUAAGAAUCUGAAGGACCUGCCUACAUCAUAUAAUGACUUUAAAAAACUUAAGUUGCUACCAACCUCGCCUCUUCCUCUGGCAACAUUAUCUGCUGUAGAAACAGAGUUGGACUGGGGUCAUCUACCUACUUUUAGUGAUCUUAAGGAAUUUAUCAAAGAUAAAUCAGGCAAAUCAAAACAGAGUUGGAAUUUGAUGAAUGAGAUGCCAGCUGAAGUCAUAUUGAAGGAGAAUUUGUCAAAACCAUCAAGAACCAACGGAAACAGUUUGAUUGCCAAAAGCAUGCGAAGGAGACUAGAUAAAUCCGUUUUUGUUACACAAAAAGGUGAUGUUGUUGGAGGUGGAACAAACUCUGUGUUGAAUGCAUUGGCUGCAUACUUGAGAUAUUUGGAGGGAACAGCUCGAGAUGACUGGCAAGAGGUACACAAAAGGCUACGAAAUGCUGAAACUCGUGAUGGUGCUUCUUUUACUUCACUUUUUGGCCCUGCUCUUUGUCUUGGCAUCAUAUCUAGAAGGAGAGUGCAUUAUGAAGCUGUCAUGUAUGAGAAAGAACGAAAUGCUGGAUUUCUAUCUCCAUUUGGAUAUUCUGCAGCCACUGUUGCUGCAGCAGCUGAUGCUGUAUGCUCCAUGGAGUGGUUUUGGCUUUUGGCUCUAAAAGAUCAACUAACUAAUGAAGGACUGUACUCUGUACGGAUUUGGAGAUGGCGUGGACAUCUAAUUCAGUAUACAGUAGUUGGCCAUGAAGGUCCUGCUAUUCUUCUUGUGCAUGGUUUUGGUGCCUUUCUUGAGCACUACCGUGAAAAUAUAAAUGGCAUAGCUGAAGGUGGAAACCGUGUCUGGGCCGUUACAAUGUUAGGAUUUGGCAAAUCAGAAAAGCCCAAUGUUGUGUAUACUGAACUCCUGUGGGCUGAACUGCUGAGAGAUUUUAUCAUUGAAGUUGUGGGUGAGCCAAUGCAUCUAGUAGGGAACUCAAUAGGUGGUUAUUUUGUCGCUAUUGUUGCUAGUCUCUGGCCUACUUUGGUCAAGUCUGUCAUCCUUAUCAACAGUGCUGGCAACGUUAUUCCUGGAUUUUCUUCUCAGCGAUUUUCUAAUGAGAGGCGAACCUCAGGUGCUGCAGGACUGGGUGCUCAACUCCUUUUAUUCUAUUUGAGGUUGAAUAUCAGGAACAUAGUUAAAAAUUUGUACCCAACUAAAACCAAGCGAGCUGAUGAUUGGCUUAUUAACGAAAUGCUGAGAGCAUCCUAUGAUCCUGGUGUGGUAGCGGUCCUGGAAAGUAUUUUCAGUUUUGACCUCUCAAUCCCUUUGAACUAUCUCUUGGAAGGAUACGAGGAAAAGACUCUAAUUGUGCAGGGAAUGAAAGACCCACUGUCAGACUCCAAGGCCAAACUAGCCAUGCUCAAAGAGCAUUGUGCGGGGCUUGUAAUAAGGGAAUUGGAUGCCGGCCAUUGCCCCCAUGAUGAGCAGCCAGAAAAAGUGAAUUCCAUCAUCUGGGAAUGGGUAGUAGCUGUUGAAAGAAAACGGCCUGCAGAGACUUAUAAGUAGCGACCCACAUUACUUCCGAAGCUGUCGUCAUUUCUAACCCCAAUGCCCUUGAUUGUUAAAUCUUGCUUGGAUUUAUGUCAGGCCUCAUGUAAAUCUUACAAAUGCCAUAUUAAAAUUGAAUAUCUCGAUUGCCAAUGGUCAAUUCCAAAUUGACAGUAAUACAUAAUCUUCGAAGGUGAUUCAUCAUCGUAGAAUAUAAUUGGGAAUUUGGGAUGUUUCAUAGCAGUUUCGGUUCAUUACACUGCCAUUUCAGUGACUACCCGAUGCCUGAUAGCUUUCACCCAAAAUUGAUUGACUGACUUUGACAAUGUCUACUACAUUUGAUUGGAAUGAAUUAAACAGCAGUCAAUUAUAAUUUAUUAUCGACAAAUAAUUUCCAUCAGAAAUUGCUAGGAGCCCUAAAUAAAUAAAAUCUUACCCCAAAUAACAUGUUCCAUCGCAAUGACGACGUACAAGGCACAGCUGCAGAAUCAGCUGCUAAAAAAAAAAAA